AUGAGCCGCAACGCCAAAUCUGAAAAUGGCGACUUCAUAUCGCCGCGCUCCAGCAGAGCCCCCAGUUUCAGCAGCGAAAGAUCCUCCAUGUCCAUUGGCCUCAUGAUUCCUCCAUCCAUGGUCGUGACUCCUCCGCCAGCCUACGUCGCCGUCGCUGCCGCCUCUCAGAUCGUCACCGACCAGCACAAUGCCUCGAUGCGCGAGCAGCUCGGCCUGGACGAUCACUCCACCCCAACCGAGGACGUCGCCCUCUUCUCAGACGACGCUCUGACUCUCGUCAAUUCCUUCCUCGACAACCUCCUCUUCACCUUCCUCUCCACCGCUCAGUCUUCCACCCUCUCCGCAAUCCGACCGGCCAUCGUAGAGGUUCUCAAGCCCAAAUUGGCAAGGGAAGCAAUCGCAAAUGCCGACCAGGAACUGCAAGAUCUCCUGGCCGGAGAGCCUGAAGACGGCGAUGAGGAAGAGUCUCUGGACGAUGAUGAUGACGACCCAAAGCCAAAGUGGGAACUAGUCAAAGUAUGGAAGAGAACACGUCUACGUGUCAUGGUCUACACCAGACUCGGCGAGAUGGAGGACGAGGACGAGGAAACAUACAUUGCACAGCUAGAAAGGCAAGAAGGCGAGACCGUCGGCAAGAAGCCCUCAUCUGCACAGAGCAGCCUUGUCUCGUGGGCUGCCGCCAUCUUCCUCACUUCUGUUGUGGAAUACAUUGCAGAGCAGGCACUGAACGUCUGUGGCCAAGCUGCCUUUACUCGCGCGGCGAACAAGCGCAAGAAAAGCGUCUCUAGCGCUACCGACAACGAACCUGAGUUGCGGCCCGUCGAAAGAGUGGUGAUUGAGGAGCACGAUGCCGAGAAGAUUGCUCUUAAUCCAUUACUUGGCAGGCUUUGGAGAACCUGGAGGAAGCGUUCGCGCUCCUCCGCAGGCUAUACCUCUCCAAUGUCCAGAAGACCCGUUGGUGGCCGCUAUAGCCGCGGUCUCUAUCACCAGCCAAGCUUUGACGAAUCCGUCCUGUCAAAUGAGGAAGGCUCCAGGAUGUCAAUGGAUCGAGAGCCGGGCCCCAUCCCGACCGAAACUGAAAUCGCUGCCAACAUACCCUUGCCCAUGACAGAACGCGAUGUUGACGAAAUCGAAGUUCCGGGUCUUGCAAAGGAGAUCAACGACGAUGACGUUGAUGAUGAUGGAGUCUUGACACCGGCUGUGCACGCUCCCAAACGUCCCCACAGUUCCUUCCUGCCACCGCCAUCUCGCUUCUAUGACGAAGAGCCUGUCGCCUCGCGAACAUCGCGGCAACGCCCUGUCUCGCUGCCUCCGCCGCUGAGGAUACCGUAUGAGCUGUACCGUGUUGCUGAGAUGCAGGAUUCGCCUACAACCGACUUUGAAACACCAAUGGAACCCACACCAGAAGAAGAGUCGUAUGUCAGCGAGUCAGACCUUGUGAAGCAGCAUGGCCCGAGAGAGCGUGUUGUGCCUAACACGGAUGCACAUGGCAGCGUCUUCGCCCGCGACACAACCCCGCAACCGGAGGCACAUGUGGUCGGAGUCUCCCCCCAGAGCUCGCCUCGUGAUGAAGACGGAGAUGAAGAAUAUGACCCCUUUAGGGUGCAGUCGCAAACAGCUGGUGCUCCAUACGCUAAGCGAUCGAGUCCGUCAUACAACACUCGUAGUGGAUCCGCAUCCAACACUGAAAAGUACACCAAAAAUAAAAGGUCGUCCACAUAUCAUGCUGCAGCACACGACCCAGAAGAGAUUGGUGUUGCGAGAACGUCCGACGUCCCGAUAGCUGCACAGAAUCUCGACUUGCUUUCAGCGAACAUGAACGGAUCUGAUUUGCAAGACGUCCCGAAUGUUGAACACUAUCUACAAGAGAACGAUCAGCCGGCACCCGGUGAUCUAGCUCCUGCGCCUCUGGCAUUGAGAAAGACGGGCUCCAGUGCAAGUGACAUCAGCCCAAUAUCCGAGCAAUUCGCCCCGCGUUCCACGUCUCGCAGCGUGACUCUUUCACCCGUGCACGAAAGCUUUCCCCAGGCAGAGUUGGCCAGGGGACAUAGUUUGACCAACGGAAAGGGCACAAGGCAAACCUCGGGCUCUCUUUCCAAAGACAAAUCGCGCGAUAGAAGCUCGAACAACAGCAUCUCCAGCAUCAGCAAAUCAAAGCGCCAGUCGGAUGAGCCUGAGAGGGCUGCUGUGCAGCGCAUAUCGUCCAGUUCGCAGUCCACUUCAGUCGGCUCGUCCAUCCUGAAUAAAGCAGGGUCUUUUGACGGAGAGACGCGACCUAGAGGACUCAGUGGCAGGAUGUCAGAAGAGGACCGAGUGAAAGAAUUCGACUCGCUAGUCAGUCGCGAGGAAACGGUCAAGUACACGCUCACUCCGUCAAGCAUGCGUGAAAUGGAAGGUCGUGCUCCAAUGUCGCGUGAGCCGCCGAAACCUACGACAAAGGUCACUGUUCAUCGCCAAGAGCACCCAGCACCAGAUACUUUCACACCGACGUCGAUUUCACAACAGCAGCCCCGACAACAGCCCCGACAGCAGCCCCAACAGCAGCAGUCAUUUCCGCGAGUCCCCUCAAACACGCGCCCAACUCCAGCAUAUCCGAGGAGGUUUGGCGGCCCAACUGCGAGGGAUGCGCGCGUACAGACAGACUCGAUGCGUGACUUUGCAGACUUCAUCCGGUCAACCGGCCCGGCCCGCGACACCGAAGAGGUUCGACCUAUUCUCUCUGCCUCGCCAAAUUCCAAGAGCUCGAUAGGGCGGCGUCUUUCUGCCUCCGCGCGCGCUCGCUCGGCAUCAAACAAUUCCAACGCCACCAAGGUCAACAAUGACGGUCCGACGGCACGGCCGCGUGUGCAACUCGAGCCUCGAGGCCCAUCUAGCCCCAACGAAGGUAGCGGCGACUUGAUCGACUUUAUCCGGCAGGGCCCGCCAAGCGGCAAGUCUGGAGAGCACCGCAUUGCCCGUACAGUUGCCCCCUUCCGCACCACCAUGGACUCGGACGAGUUCAACAACAUGUAUAGCGACCGUUCCGACCAUCACGGCACUCCACCAGAAUCGGUCACGUCUGGCACUACGAACAACUCCAGGACCGGGCUGCUCCCAGCCCCCAAGGUCUCUCAACCCACCUACUCCACCUCACCCAAGCAACAGACCAGCAACAAUCGUGGUGGUGGUGGUGGUGGUGGUGGUGGUGGUGCCGCUGCUGCUGUUACGUCAUCGCCGGACUCCGGACCGACUAUCACGCGGACAAGGCGUCGAGUGAAGGACCCAUACGCAAUUGACUACUCCGACGAUGAAGAUGAGGACCUUCUCACCGCCUUGCCAAAGCAAACGCAACGUCAAGAAGAGAGCCUGAUUGACUUUCUUCGGAAUGUCGAUCCUCCCUCGCAAAACGAGCCCAAGCCAAUUGUCACUGCUGGCUCUAUCCCUCGCAGGCUGAACGACACUGCAUCUUCAUCAAACGGUCAACGCGUCCCAUACGAUGAUGAUCCCAAAGAUGUGCGCUCACCACCUUUGUCCCCACUUGCAGCGCAUCCUCCCCCAGCCAACACCGCGGCGCGCAUGACUCGUCCGAAGCAGUCGUCGGCUACAGGCGCACGCGAUGCGAGAGUUGUCUCGCCGCGCCAGGGCGCCACCAAUUCUGAAACCGGCGACUUGGCCGACUUCCUACGGAACUCGGGACCACCAGUACCGCCUGCUGCUACUCAGCGACUGCCAACCGGUGCUGCGAACAAGAACAACCAGAAAGCUGAGUGGAAAUUCUGGAAGAGGCGGGCGGCCACCGAGGUCUAG